CUACAUCUGCUGUCAACUUUUCCACGAAGAGAAACAAAAAUGCUUCUUCUUUUCUAAACUGGCCCUUCUCCUAACUUCAGAGUUGUCACUGGAGUUCACACCCUUGCGCACCACUUGCCAUAUGUCUUGUGGAGGCUUUUUUAGUAGACACAGCAGCUCAGGUCAGCAACACGGCAGCUUUAACAGAUCCCACAGUGCACUGCAUGAACAAAUCACCAAAGAAGAAUGGACAAAAUGAGAAAAAUUCUGAUGUUCUGCCUGCUUCUGGCAGGUAUCUGCAGCCCUGUGUUUAGUGGAGAAUGGAGAGCCCAUGUGGUAAAAACCCUCGAUGCCCUGGUUUCAUCCUGUGUUGUGGUUCCCUGUUCGUUCACUCAUCCUGGAGGAAACCUGCCCAGCUCCAGACUCAGAGGAAUCUGGCAUCGUCGUGACAAAUGGGAUGAAAUCAUAUAUGACGAGGAUAAAACCAAGAUCCUGGACAACUAUAAGGACCGCACACAGAUGUUGGGACAUCUGGGUCAGAACAACUGCACCUUAGAAAUAGUUGACGUUAGAGAUCACGACAACGGCCCGUUCUGUUUCCGGAUUGAACUCGUACGAACAGAGGAUAAUAAACCCACCAAAGACAAGUUCUCCUUUGUUGAGGAGUGUGUCGAGUUCAACAUGCUCCCUGAUGCUCCAGCUCCUACACUGAAUCAUCCACCGACGGCCAUCGAGGGGCAGCCGUACACCGUCACCUGCUCCAUCAUCCAUACCUGCCCCUCCCACUGGCCUAAACUCUCAUGGACUGGGAGAAUUGGAGAAAUCAGAGAGGAUCAUAAGGACAUUCGAUAUGGCAACUGGGAGACACAGUCUAUCUUAACGUUUGUUCCUGAGGAGAAGGAUGACCACGGCGAGAUCACCUGCACGGCUGAGUUUUUUGGACAGAAGACGUCCUCCAAAAGUUUUUCACUCUAUGUAAAACGGGCACAAAGCUACAAUCACAUCAUCAUUCCUACUGUAGUGGCCAUUGGUACGGCUGUGAUCUUUGGAAUUCUCUGCAUUCUCAUGGCAAAAAAAUACAAGAAACGCAUUGCAGAGCUUCAAAAUCAGGAUGGCAGCAUGUGGAACCGUCUGUCCAGGCUGUCUCGCAGGAUUCGUCCAGAUCGCUCAGCACCAUCUCGUUCUGAACAAAGACGUUCUAUUUGGAGUAGAUUUUCGAGGAGGCCUAGAGGCGACAUGGUGGACUUUGGUCAUACUCCCAAUAAUGCCACAUGCGGUGCUGACCAGAAAGCCUCCAAACCUCGUUUCCCGUCUCCCAAAAGCCAGCCGAAAUCCUACAACUACAAAGAGGACCUCGAUGACGGUGAUGAUUAUGUCAAUACCGCUGACCUCAACGUCUAUGGAAACAUCUGAAAACAGGAACUUCCCAAGAAAGAGGAUAUGAUCAAAGGAAAAGAGCAAAUCUAUUUCUGCUUUUACUGAUUCAUAAUGAUUCUGUUAAUCUUUUGCAUGUACAUAUCCAUGGUGCUGAUCACCUCUAUCAAGCAAAAUCAGUUUCAUUGUGUAAUUCAUCCUGUGUGGUGAAUUUGUACAUCCAUAACUCUAUAUGCAUGAAAAUAAGUUAUUGGAAGGCAUAAUUCAAAAUGGAACGGUGGUUUCUUAUUGAGUUGACUUUUUUAGGGUGGUGGUGGUUGAGGGUCAUGGGGAUGUGGGUGGUUUCAGCUGAUUUAAUAUACAUAUCAUCAAAUAUGCAUUGAAUAAAUACAUAAUAAAUGCCACUAAUACUACACACUGAUAUUUAAAGAUGUUUUGGGUAUAUACAGUUUAAUUUACCUAUAACUGAGUAUUGCUCAGAUUUGAUAUGCUGCUUUUUCUCCUCGAUUUCCACCUUAAAAACAUCCUAACAUUUAGUCACCAACAUUGCACAACAGUAAUGUCAAAAUGAACAACACUGGCCUUCAUGAAAGUGACAGAUGAACACAUUUUUAAAUAAAACAGGUCUUCUUA